GCAUUUUUCGGUUGUUUGUACAAGAAAUCGAGAGUGGUUACGAUCGAAAUCAAAAUUUGCAUCUAUACGAAAUCGAAACGCUCUAAUUAAAUGCGAUGUGAACUUUUGGGGCACUUUGAAUAGAUAACGAAUCGAAUCUGUCACUCUAUGGAAUCGCUAUAGGCUUCGAGAACCGAUUUUUGUGUGAUUGACAAAUUAACACAAUCCUGAUUAGCAUCUGUAUCCGAUCCGUGCACAUAUCUGUUUUUGGUCGAAAAGGUUCUAGUGAUUAGCGAUCCCAUAGAUCCGACAUUUAGAUUCAGUUCGCCGGUUUUCAAUUGUCUCUCGAUUGUGUGGCAUUUCAGAGAAUUUCGAAUAGAAGCCAAAUCAAUUACGCGGAAAACACCCAGCGCACUCUAUAGAUAAACGACCUUUAGUCUGAUACAUAUAGGCCACUAUAUAAAACCGAUCCGUGACGCAUACCCCCCCAAGUGAUUCUGUGACCAAGUGGGUGGCGCGAGGUGACAAAAAAUAAAAUAACCAAAAAAAUCGAAAAAACCAAACAGAAACACACUUGACUAAAUGCGUGAUCGCCAUUUGGCCAAAAUGCCGCGUGGAGGAACAACAACAGCGCGCUAUGAGGAGGAUCCAGAUAACGCCUGGAACUGCUGUUCCUGGUGCGAGUACUUGCUGAUCGUUAUCCUUUCCACCAUCCUGCUGGUGGGUGUCCUGGUCCUGACCCUCUUCUGGGUGAUGUUCUACAGGGAUGGCUUCGCCUGGUCGGAGAGUCCCAAGCAGCAGUUCAACUUGCAUCCCAUUUUGAUGAUUGCAGGAUUCGUGACUUUGUCAGGAUUUUCCAUUUUGAUCUACCGCCUGUGUCGUUGCGUGAAACACAUCUAUGUGAAGCUCAUUCACAUGUUCUUCCAUGCCGUGGCCAUUCCGUGCAUCGCCCUCGGAUUCCUCGCCGUCUUCGACUCCCAUGAUGCUUUGAAGAAGGUGAACUUCUACAGUCUCCACUCUUGGCUGGGUCUCGUGACAAUGGGCAUGUUCGUGCUCCAGUUUGUGAUUGGCUUCUUCAGUUUUCUGGUGAUGCUCUGCUGUGAGAACAAGACAUACAGCUGCCGCUCCGCCAUGGUGCCGAUUCACGCCAGUCUGGGUCUGGCCAACUUCUGGCUGGCCAUUGCCACAUCCGUCACGGGACUGAUCGAGAAAGAGCGCGAAACCGUCAAGGAAACCAGCGUUAGUACCGAGAACAAGCUUGUGGAGCACUAUAUAACCAGUGCCAUUGGUAUCACACUGAUCUUCAUCGGCAUCAUCGUCACCUUUGCCGUGCGGCGCUCCAACGCCCCAGCUUCGGCGAAGGUCUACGUGACCGAACGCAUUUAGAUGAGCCGACCGGCUCGUCGGAGUCUCCGUCAGCGGCUGGGAUCGACCACCACGGUGGUCACCACCAGGACGGGAAGCGAGUCGCAGCAAGUGUAUCCGAGAAUCGAAUGGGGCUCUGGACCUCCGGAUCCCGGGCAAAGGGACUACCGGGGAGAACGAAAAAGGAAACAGAAACAAAUACAGAAUCGGAUCAUCCAAGUGGCCCAAUCGCCGCCGCCGGCGGGCUUAGCACAGAGAGGUCACGCUUCUGCAUCUCUAUCCGAACCUUUUGUAACGUUUUAUAUGCCAAAUUAAAUCCUUUUAAAGAUCGAAAAUCAAAAGAAUCAUCUAGGCUACUACUAUACUAUCGCGCUAAUCAAAAACUUGACUACUCCUUCCCUUUUCAACUUCUCAGUAGAUGUGUAGGAUUAGGAAUCUCAGAAGAGAGAAGAGCCGCCGACCAAGCCAGCAAAUCUAAUCAAAAUUAACGUGUUCAGUCUGAAGGACUUACUCUGAUGCAUUACGCACAUACUACAUACAUAAAUUAUAUACAGACAUAAAGGAUUAGCCAGUUUUUUCGGUACUAUCUAUAGUAGAAUUUUGAUAUAAGCCCAUGUAACUAGUGUAUGUAUUUCUACCACAUAACGCAUUAAAUGUACGCACUCGAACUCAAAAUGUAGCAUUUGAUGUUUUUUUUAUGUAAUUGUGCAAGUAUUUGUAUUUCAUAAUGCGCUAAGCAAUGUAAGCUGUAAACCAAUUUUACAACAAAUAAUAAAAAAUACAACUUUGCCCUACCAGUGGGUUCUCAUAA